GGAGGGCGGGCGGCCGCCAGGGAGGGCGGACCCAGGCUCGCAGCUCCGAGCCGAGCCUGGCGACCCGGCGAGAGCAUCCAGCGCCGGAGGCGGUGGCAACAGCAUGACUGCCCCCCAGCCUGCCAUGCCAGAGCUAAGUCCAGCGGAGGAGACUGGAGGGCCAGCAGGAAAGACUGCGGCAGGUGCCUGGGAGAAGGGCCCUCGGCUGGGCCAGCGGCUGCCCUCAAUUGUGGUGGAGUCCAGCGAGGUGGGUUCUGUGGAGAGUGGGGAGCUGCGUUGGCCCCCAGAGGGUGCCCUGAGGGCGUCCGCCAAGAGCCGGGUUGCUGCUGCCCCCUCACCUAGGGAAGCACCAGAGAAGGCUCCAGAUGACGCCAGCAGUGAGCGGGCCAGCUGCAAGGACCAGGCUCCCCAAGCCCCCUAGUGAGGCGACAGGGACAUGGCCGGAUUCUGCUGGGAGGGGGGGCCCUGCAGACCCUGCCCCUGCUCGCUGACAGCUGACAGGGCCUCAGCCCCGGGGUGGCUGGGCUGACGCUUGGAGCGGGGGGAGCGGAGCCACCUCCUCGGCCUCACGGGGUCUGGCCAGGACUGCAGGCCUGCCCUCUCCCAUCCGCAGCCCAGGUCUGGAUCACACCCUCCUUGUCCUGAGGUUUGAAGCAGAAAUAAAGG